GCAAAAUCAGGAGUUGCGCGUGCUCUGUUGUGAUGAUUUGGCCGACGAGACCGUGAAGGAGCUGCAGUUUUGGGGUAAAUUGCCGAACAGUAGAGCACCGAAUGUGAUUAUACUGGCAGCCGCUGGUCCAGAAGCUCGACGACAACAAGUGCAGUGCGGUGGAUGCGUGAGCGGUGCCCUCAGGAGCCCUUCUCUGCUUGGUGACGUUAGCAGGCGAAAGUGAGGUUAGGCAGAGUGCAGGGAUUUUCUCUCAAAGAGCCCUCCGGAAUUAGCCAAGGAAGCUUUGUGAGCGUUAGAGAGACAGUGGCAGCGGUGUGUUGAGUAACAAGUGCAGCUUCUGUGAAUCAUACACGAAAGAUGGCCAUUAAGCCGAUCGGCAGAAAGAGUUCUAGCAAGAAUCCACCAAUUCUGAGCCAUGAAUUCGUCAUCCAGAAUCAUGCGGACAUCGUGUCCUGCAUUGCCAUGGUGUUUGUCGUGGGUCUCAUGAUUCAGACAACCAGUCAAUUGGCGAGUGUCUUCGUCACGCUCCACCACAAUGUCACGGGCGAGGAGGCCUCGGCCGAGAACCCACGCGGGGUGCCCUUCUUCUACGAGGCUGGCUGGAAGGACUUCUGUGCUGUCUUCUUCUACAUGCUCAUUUGCAUCAUCAUGCACGCAAUACUCCAAGAAUAUGUCCUCGAUAAAAUUUCCAAGAAACUCCACCUGUCUAAGUUCAAGCUGUCCCGCUUCAACGAGUCCGGGCAGUUGGUCGUCUUUUACUUGGUGUCCUUCCUCUGGGGCUUCGAGGUGAUGCUCAGAGAGCAAUACCUUAGCCGUUUGUCCAGUCUGUGGGAGGACUAUCCGGAUCAUCCAAUGACCUUCCUCCACAAGCUCUACUUCAUUAUCCAACUGGCCUACUAUCUCCACAUGCUGCCCGAACUGUACUUCCAGAAGGUGAAGAAGGAAGAUCAGAGAGAAAAGAUUCGCCAUUCCACAACGGGUCUCUUUUUCGUCUCAUUCGCCUAUGGCACCAGCUUCCAGAGAAUUAGCGUCGUCCUCCUCACUUUCCACUACUUCAGUGAAGUUAUUACGCACUUUUUCCAACUCCUGGAGAUCUUCGAUAAGCAUGAGAAGAUGGCCAAUGCUCGUGUCCUCAGCAACAUUGUCUUCGUCUUCAUGCGCUUCUCCACAAUGGUGCUCUCCGUAUUGACCUUUUUUUACGGCAUCGGCACCACAGAGCUUGGCCACUACGGCAUUUUGGCCUUGUUCGUGGUUUACAGCCUCCAGGGCUACCUUAUCUUCCAAUUUAUCAAUGAAUUCCUGCGCAACAGGCGCGAGAAACAGGCCGAAUUGAAGGCACUGAAAAAGACCAAGCCAGCGAAAGUGGACAAGGCGAAGAAGGAGAAAAAGGCGGACAGUGAUGUUCCCGAGGUGGAACAGAAUUCUGGAAAAGUCAAGACUAAGUGAAGACGACGUGCACCCACACGAGAGACAAGAGACAGAGAUGCAUUUUUAUUUUGAUAUUCUUCUCCUGGACUUCUUCCCUGCAGCAGCCGAAAAAAGCGAUGAAAACCACAGUUUAUGUACUUUCUCGUUCGUUUUCCAGAUAUACUUUCCUUUGGAGAAAUGUGCAAAAAGCAUUUUAAAAGAAAUAAAUUCUUUUUUGUAAA